AUGUCGGAACCUGCCACGACAGCAUCCCUCACCAUCACCACUACCAAAGGAGAGAUCCAGCUCGAGUUGUGGGCCAAAGAGGUGCCCGAAACAUCGAGACAAUUUCUCCAGAAUUGCAUCGACAAGAAGUACCACAACCAGCCAUUUGGCACCAUCACCUCGGACCUUGUGCAAACCACCCUGAGCCUGGUCAGCUACCAUCUCCGUAACGAGUACCACAGCAGAAUCAGGUUCAAAAAGGGCCUGCUAGCAGCGGCUCGAGAGAACGAGAAUGCCAACCACAACCACAGUGUGGACGAGUUCUUCAUCACCUUGAAGCAGGUACCGUUCCACAACCGCUACAUCGUGUUUGGACGCGUGGUAGGCGAGUCCAUCUACAAUGUUGUCAAAAUUGGUGAUUCCGAUAUGGGAGAAUCUGGUCCGUUGUAUCCUGCCAUCAUCACCGAUGUGGUGGUUCACGAAAGCUACUUCGACUUGAUCCCCAGUGUCUCUGCUGUGGUUGAGGAGGCUGAAGAGCCGCCAAAGAAGAAGCCAAAGAAGACGGUACUGGUGAAAUUAGCAUUUGAAGAGGACGAAGACGAUGAAGAAGACAGCCACGCUAGCUUCAAGAUGAAAUCAGCCCACGAAGUACUCAACGACAAAAGGCUCUCGAGAACCGCAGUAGUCCCAGAGGGCACAAUUGAAGAGAAGGCCACUCAGGACAAGAACAAGGACGAAGGAAAACUACCUGAAGUUGACAACGAAAAAGGCACAUUGCCUUCCCACAAAGAAGCUAUUAACCCUGACAACGCCAAAUACAGCCAAGACAUUACCACCAUUAUCCUGGACAAGCAAGAAGUAUCGGAAAUUGGGCCAUCCGACGAAAAGUCCCAAGCCAAGACCUCCCAGCCAGCGCAGUUGGCACAGCCAAGUCCCGACACCAAGAAGCUCAAGCCUUCCAGAGAGCCAUAUUUGGACUCGGACUACGACUCCAACUUGGAUCUCUCGGGAGACGAACACGACAGUGAGGCCAUACACAAGCACCGGUUUGGAAGAUAG